AUGUCUCUCUCCAACAAGCUCAACAUCACCGAUGUCGACCUCAAGGACAAGCGUGUCUUGAUCCGAGUCGACUUCAACGUUCCUCUCGAUGCUGAGAAGAACGUCACCAACCCGCAGCGUAUCGUCGGUGCACUCCCCACCAUCAAGUAUGCCGUCGACCACGGCGCCAAGGCUGUCGUGCUCAUGUCCCACCUGGGUCGCCCUGACGGCAAGCCCAACCCCAAGUACAGCUUGAAGCCUGUUGUUCCUGUGCUCGAGAAGCAUCUGGGCAAGAGCGUCAUCUUCACUGAUGACUGUGUCGGCCCUGCUGUUGAGGAGACGGUCAACAAGGCCUCCGGGGGCCAGGUCGUGCUCUUGGAGAACCUGCGCUUCCACGCCGAGGAGGAAGGUAGCUCCAAGGAUGCCGAGGGCAACAAGGUUAAGGCCGACAAGGAGAAGGUCGCUGAAUUCCGUAAGGGUCUGACUGCCCUCGGUGACAUUUACGUCAACGACGCCUUCGGUACCGCCCACCGUGCCCACAGCUCCAUGGUCGGCGUUGACCUCCCUCAGAAGGCUGCCGGUUUCCUUGUCAAGAAGGAGCUGGAGUACUUCGCCAAGGCCCUUGAGAACCCGGCCCGUCCUUUCCUCGCCAUUCUCGGUGGUUCCAAGGUUUCCGACAAGAUCCAGCUGAUUGACAACUUGCUUCCCAAGGUGAACAGCCUGAUCAUCACCGGUGCUAUGGCUUUCACCUUCAAGAAGACUCUUGAGGGUGUGAAGAUUGGUAACAGUUUGUUUGACGAGGCCGGCAGCAAGAUCGUUGGCGACAUCGUCGAGAAGGCCAAGAAGCACAACGUUGAGAUUGUUCUGCCCGUCGACUACGUCACCGCUGAUAAGUUCUCUGCGGAUGCCACCGUUGGCUCCGCUACUGACGCCAGCGGUAUUGCUGAUGGCCUGAUGGGUCUCGAUGUCGGCCCCGAGAGUGUCAAGUCCUAUCAGAAGACCAUUGCCGAGGCUAAGACUAUCCUCUGGAACGGUCCCCCUGGUGUCUUCGAACUCAAGCCCUUUGCCAAGGCUACCGAGGCCACUCUGGACGCUGCCGUGAGUGCUGCUCAGUCCGGCUCGAUUGUGAUCAUUGGCGGCGGUGACACUGCCACUGUUGCUGCCAAGUACGGCGCUGAGGACAAGCUCUCGCACGUCUCCACCGGUGGUGGUGCUUCCCUGGAGCUCCUAGAAGGCAAGGAUCUGCCCGGUGUCGCUGCUCUGUCCAGUAAGUAA